GAGCCGCCGCAGACAAACGUCAGCAUAAAUGAUUAUGCAGCUCAUCAAGAAACCCCGCAAUUUCUCUUCUCUUCACAUAUCAUAUCAUAUCCUCUUUGGUGCUCGAAAUAAACUGCCAAUCAGAUAUUAAUCGGACCUCAAACAAAAAGAUCCCAUCCUACUGAUAUAUACUACUACCCAGCUUCACAUCAACAACGAGCGAUCUAUAAUAUCAAGUCUAUUCACCCCAGAUUUACCUCAUAAAACUCCUGUAAGAUGUUCUCCAGAGCACUCCCCGCCACAACCCGAUUCUUUGGUGGUACCUCGGGGAAAACCCCAGCAGCAAUACCUGUCAUCGUCUGCGGAAAGACGAGUCAAAUCGGAGAUAUUGUCAGGGAGGCAUUACAGCCUGAAUAUGAAGUAACCCAUCUCUUCCUCUCACCUGCUACGGCGAAGAAUGAGAUUCCUGUAUUACUUCGUCAGAGAGGUUCAACUACAUCUACAGAAAACGGAACAUCCCCCUCGGCGAUUAUCAUGGGUGGCGGAUAUACCCAGACUGAUUUACAGGAGAUCCGCGCGGCCAGUCAGGGUCCGGAUGCCAAACCGGUUGCCUGGCUCAAGAUCGAUCCUGGCAAAACACCGUCGUCAAUUCCAGUUGGACCAGAGUAUGGCCGGGCCGUAGCGAAGCGGACAAAGGAUCGGUUGGAUGAACUGGUGCGGGAUGGGCAGAUUGAUCGGGAUGAGGUGCAUUUUAUCUAGAUCCUCUCGAGUCUUUCUUAUAUUUCCUGAUCGGACGGGAUAGGUAUAAAAAAAAUAAAAAUAAAAAAAAGAGGGAUGUCACGCGAUACAUUGGUAUUCAAAUUGGUAUCUAUCAACAGAGCU